AUGCUUCAAGAAUUCAACGUCGACUCAUUCCAAGGCAACGAGCAAGCAUACAUCCUCAUCUCCAUCCAUCGUGCGGACAAACUUGGCUUCCUCGCCAACUUGCGACGAUUAAAUGUCAUACUCUCGUGCUGCAAACACGGCAUGGUCAUCUGCACAAGCCGGGCAUUCAUGGAGGGCAAGGCCAGAUCCUCGCUCGAGGGCCAACUCGCGAAGGAAUGGGAGGACGGACGGGUUUCCUGGCGGGACACGUUGCGGGGCAGGUUCUAA